AUGUUUAACGAUUCUAUCAAAAUUUUAUUCUUUUCAUUUUUUAUCUAUACUUGCAAAAAAUAUGGUAGCAAUGAAGAUAGUGUAGGAAAGGCAUUGAAUUCAAAAAAUAUAAGAAUAUUGUGCGAACCUGGUAGAGACUUUAGUGGAUCACAUUACAGUAAUGGUCCGCAUGAUCAGAACUUAUAUGGAUCUACUGAUAGUAUUAACGAAAAGAGAGAUAAUAAUAGAGAUGGUACUAAACCUCCCCCACCAUCACCUCAAGGUUCAUGGUCAACUUUUAAUGAUGAAGGCUUAGCGAACGAAAGAUUACAAAGAAAUCCUUGGAUCUAUGAUUAUUACCAGAAUAAUGUUAGGUAUGUAGCACCAGAAAAUAAUAUAAAUCAUGAAUUAAUAGAAAAAUUAAAGAAGAACGCAAUAUAUAUCUUACCAGUUUUGUUAGUUUCGUAUUACCUUUUUAGAAAUUCUGGAACACAAACAUUUUUAUUGAUAGCAGCCAUUGCUGGUGUAUUAAUGUAUACCCGACAUUAUAUCAAUUAA